AUGAGGACAACCAACGCUACCCUGUACUCAGGUCGCCGGCUGGACGCAAAAGCCUUUGCCGAGUUUCGUUUCCAAACUAAGCAAGGACUGAAGAGCUGGCAUAACGGCUUAGAUCCUGCGCUUAGACUCGAGACGUCUGGGCAAACGCAUCCUGUAGUUCCUGCAGUUCUGCAACUUCAGUAUGCCAUAGUCUUCCCUCAACUUCAGGCGAAGCUGUUUGGAGGCUCUGUAUGCUAA